AUGAGUGCUCAACAAGUGCAAAUUUUGCAACUCAAAGGCAACAGCUUUCAACUCAACAUGAACGAGUUGCAAAGCAUCCUCUUGGCUGACAACGUGAAAGAUCUUCCAGUCGUCGUCGUUUCGGUCGCAGGGGCAUACCGACAGGGUAAAUCCUUCCUCCUCAACUUCUUAUUGCAAUACCUGAGGAACAAUGGCCGACCCAACUGGCUAAGGGACAUGACAAUUCCGUUUGAGGGCUUUGAAUGGAAACCUGGUUAUGAACGCCAUACCAUUGGCAUCUUGCUCUGGAAGGAAGUAUUUCUGAUGACGAAAUCCAAUGGUGAAAAGGUGGCGGUUUUGUUAAUGGACACUCAAGGGACCUUUGGUUGCGAGUCAACGUUAAAAGACAACACUAUGAUAUUCUCCCUCAGCAUGUUAACGAGCUCCGUUCAGGUUUACAACCUCAUGAACAACAUCAUGGAGGAUGAUCUACAGCACCUGCAGUUCUUUACUGAGUACGGCAGGCUGGCGCCAAAGGAAUCAGGAAAGACCUUUCAAAAGCUUCUAUUUCUGGUGCGAGAUUGGAGGAGUGCAUGUGAGUACAAGUACGGUGCUGAAGGUGGAAGGAAGCUACUGGAAAGACGGCUGGCGAUUAAGGAGGGGCAGGCAAAGGAGCUGAAGGAGCUGCGAGAGAGAAUCAAGCUUUGCUUUUCGGAGAUUGGCUGCUUCCUUAUGCCUACCCCUGGAGAGAAGGUACACGUUUCCUCCGCUUUCGGUUACGCCUUAAUUUUUCAUGCGAUUCUCUUGUGGCUUCCCUUUGUCAUAAAUAGAAGCUCAUAUUUUCUUGGUAAAAACUAAG